AUGAACUUCGAAGUGCCACAAGCGCUCCAGGACUACCUAGCCGAGCUUGACUCCUUCAUUGAACGUGAAAUCCAACCAUUACAGGAUCGAGAUGACAACAAUAGGUUCUUCGACCACCGUCGUGAACACGCCAGAACUGACUGGGACCGUGACGGACGACCACGGGAAGAUUGGGAGGCUUUGCUAGGAGAGUGUACACGGAUAGCUGACAAGGCAGGUUUCUGGCGCUUUAGCUUACCAAGAGAAUAUGGAGGUCAAAACACGGAGUCGGGACGAGGUUCGAACCUGUGGAUGGCUGUGAUACGCGAACAUUUGGCGAGCAAAGGUUUAGGACUGUUUAAUGACCUGCAGAACGAGCAUUCCGUCGUCGGCAACUUCCCGGACGUCGUCAUGGUGCAGCACUUUGGCAAUGAACAACAAAAGCAGGAACUCAUCCGUGGCCGUUUAGACAACAAGAACAUCCGCAUUACUUUCGGUCUCACCGAACCUGGUCACGGCAGCGACGCCACCUUCAUGGAUACUCGCGCUGAGAUGCAACCCGACGGCAGCUACAUCAUCAACGGCGGCAAGAUGUGGCAAAGCGGCAUGCAUAAAGCCACGCACUGCUUCAUUUUCGCCCGUACCUCCGGCAAAGACGGCCAGGCGCACGGUAUAACCUGCUUCAUCGUACCGCGCCAAACACCCGGCAUUAACGUCGAAUCAUACGAGUGGACUCUCAACAUGCCUACCGAUCAUGCCACCGUCUCGCUGAAGAACGUCCACGCACCAGCAUCCUGCAUCCUCGGACCCGUUGACGGCGGCCUAGCGGUCGCACAAGCCUUCGUGCAUGAAAAUCGCAUCCGACAAGCGGCUUCCUCUCUUGGCGCGGCAGUCUACUGUGUCAACCAAAGCGUCGAGUACGCGAAGAAGCGCCGGCCAUUCGGCAAGCCAUUGGCCUCCAACCAAGCGAUUCAGUUCCCGCUUGUGGAACUUGCGACUCAAUGUGAGAUGCUACGUCUACUCAUCCGCUCUACCGCCGCCGCGAUGGACAAGAUGCCUCAUAUCGAAGUCGAGCACAAGCUCGGAGACAAAGUCAGCAUGUGCAAUUACUGGGCCAACCGACUUUGCACGGAGGCGGCCGACCGAGCGAUCCAGGUUCACGGCGGUGUUGGCUACUCGAGACAUAAACAGUUCGAGCAUAUAUGGCGACACCAUCGACGCUAUCGAAUUACAGAAGGCAGUGAGGAGAUCCAAAUGCGGAAGAUCGCUGGGUACUUAUUCGGCUAUAUCGGUCCGAAGAAGGAGGUGACGGCUUCAAAACUGUAG